AUGGGAAAUUUAGAAAAAUUUAAUGUUGUAUGUAUUGUGGAUGAUGAAUUUAAAAAAAAGGGCUCUUCAAACGAGCGAGUGACACCCUCCCCACCACGGGCUCCGCCACUCAAGUCGGUUGCUCAUUACAGGUCUGCAUUUACUGCCAGAACACAAGCUUACUAUGGCCCAGGAAGCGGACCAAUAUGGCUGGAUGAUGUGGGGUGCUCCGGUUCAGAAGCUGCCAUCACAAGCUGUCAGCUGAAGCCCUGGGGUGUUACAGAUUGUACCCACAAUGAGGACGCGAGUGUCGACUGUGAUCCAAGUCAAGUGGCUAAUAUUCCGAUCCAGAUCGUGGGAGGUCGGACGGGUUCCGAGGGUCGUGUUGAGAUUCAGUACAACUCGCAGUGGGGAACCAUCUGUGACGAUGAGUGGGACGACAAAUCAGCCCAGGUGGCCUGCAGACAGGCCGGCUUUAAAAACGUGAUUGCCGUCCCAGUGAUGAAGUCCUACUUUACAAAUGGUACGGGUGUCAGUGGAAGAAAAAUGUGGCUGGAUGACGUCAAAUGUACUGGACAGGAGGCGGGGCUUGGUGCCUGCGACCACAAGUCAUGGGGUCAGAACAACUGCCAGCAGAACGAGAAUGCCGGAGUUUUUUGCAUUCCUAAAUCAACCUCGACUCUCAGUGUCAAAGUUCGUCUUGCUGGGGGCUUGAACAAGUUUCAGGGUCGUGUAGAAUUACAAAUGUAUGGCCGAUGGGGAACUAUUUGUGAUGACAGCUUCGAUAAAAGAGAAGCUGAUGUUAUUUGUCGGAUGCUGAACUAUACCAGUGGAGGUCAGGUACUGACAUCAUCACACUACGCUGGUGGACAAGGACCUAUCUGGUUGGAUGACGUUGGUUGUUAUGGUAAUGAGUCAUCUAUUACCCAGUGUAGCCAUAAAGCGUGGGGUGUGAACAACUGUGGCCACAACGAGGAUGCUGCCAUCCAGUGUACUCCCAACAGUAUUCCGAAAAUCCAGGUGAGGUUAGCUGGAAGUGGUUCGACCCCGACGAAAGGCCGUGUGGAGGUGUUUUACAAUUCUCAAUGGGGAACAGUCUGUGAUGACACCUGGACCAAUUCAAAUGCUGCAGUUGUCUGUCGAAUGCUCAAUAUCCGAACAUCAUCUUUUGCCCUUGCUAUCACUCAGGCAAGAUUUGGACAGGGGACAGGUAAAAUCUUCAUGGAUGAUGUGAAAUGCGUUGGUACGGAGACAACACUGGCAGCGUGCAACUUCAGAGGAUGGGGAGUCAACAACUGUCAACACGGUGAAGACGCAGGGGUCGACUGCAACCCAGCUACAUCCCAUGAUAUCAAAAUACGCCUUGAAGGUGGGUCAGGACCAUAUGAAGGUCGCGUUGCAGUCCAGUACAACAACACGUGGGGCACCAUCUGUGACGACAGCUUUGACCACAAAGAGGCAGCCGUUAUCUGUCGGUUCCUGGGAUUCAAUGGAACUGGGGCCAUUGCUCGAUCAAAUGCUGUCUUUGGACGAGGAAGUGGUAAAAUCUGGCUGGAUGAUUUGGACUGUCUGGGUAGCGAGACCACCAUUGCACAGUGCCCUCACCGUGGCUGGGGUUUCACCAACUGUCGCCACUCUGAAGAUGCAGGAGUUAUCUGCCCACAUACAGACACAAGCAACAUAACAGUACGACUUGUUGGUGGCAACACGGCUAAUUCAGGGCGAGUUGAAAUGUUUUACAACAACUCCUGGGGCACAGUCUGUGAUGAUUUCUGGUCCACUGCUGACGCUCAGGUCAUCUGCAGAAUGCUGGGGAAGCCAAGUGCUGGAGCACAGCCGAGGGGAAGUGCCUUCUUUGGACAAGGAAGUGGCAAGAUUAUCCUGGAUGAUGUGAAAUGUUUGGGAAAUGAGGCGUCCAUCAAUCUCUGCCAGCACCGUCUGUGGGGAACCAGCAACUGUCGACACAGUGAAGAUGCAGGCGUCGUGUGUCAAGGAAUCCAGAAUGUAAAAGUUCGACUUGUUAAUGGGUCAUCAACAUCGGAAGGAAGAGUAGAGGUGUUUUACAACAACACAUGGGGUACAAUUUGUGAUGAUAGCUUUGGUCAGACCGAGGCAUCGGUCGUCUGUCGUAUGUUAGGCUUUCAGAGCAAUAACAGUUAUCCAUUUGGGAAAGCCCACUUCGGUCAGGGAAGAGGCCCCAUCAUGUUGGAUGAUGUCAGCUGCACCGGUACGGAGACUUCCAUUGCUGCCUGCGCCUCCAAGGGCUGGUACACCAACAACUGUCAACACCACGAAGACGUCGGGGUCGUGUGCAACUCAGCUCCCAUUUCAUUUCGACUGAAUGACAUUUACGGCCGGCCAUUCAUGGGCCGAGUAGAAUUGGGGAUAAGCAACCACUGGGGCACAGUGUGUGAUGACAAGUUUGACCAGAAGGCAGCCAAGGUAGUCUGCAGACAACUCAACUACCCAUACACCAAUGCUCUGGCCAUAGGUGUAGGUGCUCUGGGAGCUGGGACUGGAUCUAUCUUCCUGGACAAUGUUGUCUGCCAGGGAAAUGAGAGCUCCAUUUUGAGGUGUCAGCACAAUUCGAUUGGCGACACUGACUGUCAGCACUCGGAAGAUGUAGGAGUGAUCUGCCAGUCUAACACACCAUCGAGUGCCAUCACUGUGAGGCUUGUUAAUGGUUCGACUCACACGGCAGGGCGACUAGAAAUCCGGUACAACAAUCUGUGGGGGACAGUCUGUGAUGACAAUUUUGACAAGAACAUGGCAGGGAUUGUGUGCAAUAUGCUGGGAUUUCAGACCACUGCACCCCAGUUUUUCAAAUCGGCUCAUUUCGGUCCUGGGAAGGGAAUCAUUUGGCUGGAUGAUGUCUCGUGUAACUCUACAUCAACCUCUAUAGCAACUUGUGCUCACCGUGCCUGGGGCACCAGUGACUGUAAGCAUUCAGAAGAUGUUGGCAUUUCAUGCCCCGCAGCAUCGUCCCUGUCUGUACAGCUUCGGCUUGUUGGAGGCGGAGGUCAGAAUCGGAGAGGUCGGGUGGAGAUAAAGCACAACGGACAGUGGGGGACGAUCUGUGAUGAUGGCUGGGGACUCAAAGAGGCGGCAGUCGCCUGCAGACAACUUGGCUUUGCUAAUGGUUUGUCAAUCCCAGUCCCCAAUGCAUAUUUCGGACAAGGCAAUGGUUCAAUUUUCCUGGAUGAUCUGGACUGUAAUGGAACGGAAAGUAACAUUGGCGCCUGUUCACACACUAACUGGGGAAUAAACAACUGUGCCCACGGAGAAGAUGCUGGAGUUAUGUGCUUGCCACCUGCGACUGCGGCUCCUGUGAAAGUUAGACUGGUUGGCGGAUUGUCGCAGUACUCAGGACGCGUGGAGGUGUUCUACGACAAUGUGUGGGGGACGGUGUGUGACGACUCAUGGGAUACCCAUGAUGCAACAGUCAUCUGCAGGAUGAUAUUUGGCCCGGGAGUGACAGGGACAGCCACACACAGUGUUGGGGGAGGGCGAGGACCCAUCUGGUUGGAUGACGUGGAAUGCACUGGUACGGAGACUUCCAUUGCGAACUGCACGUCGAAGGGAUGGGCUGAACAUGACUGCUCACACGCCGAGGAUGCUGGGGUGCUCUGUAACACACAGAGUGCUCCAAAGCUUCAAGUGCGACUGGCCAACGGUCCUUCUCCUAUGGAAGGCCGCGUGGAAGUGCUGCACAACGGACAGUGGGGAACGGUCUGUGAUGACUACUGGACAAAUGCCGAUGCUGCCGUCACGUGUCGGUCACUGGGAUUCUCAACGGAUGGUGCUACCAGCAUUCUCAGGGCUCACUAUGGCCAGGGAUCAGGAAGUAUCUGGAUGGAUGAUGUGAAAUGUGUGGGCACGGAGGCCAACCUUGGACUGUGCACGUUUAAUGGAUACGGGAACAACAACUGCCACCACACAGAAGAUGCCGGGGUUCGGUGCCAGCAAGGUGGCGUAUCGACAUCUGUUCAGGUCAGAUUAAGGGGUGGCACCUCACCCCAGGAGGGUAGAGUGGAGAUAUUUUAUAACAACACGUGGGGCACAGUUUGUGAUGACUUCUUUGAUAAGCAUGCUGCGAAAAUCAUUUGCAAGAUGCUAGGCUUUUCAGCUGUGAACGUCUUGCCACGAGGUGGGGCUUACUUUCCGAGUGGGACAGGCCCGAUCUGGCUUGAUGACGUGCACUGUACGGGAAACGAGACCAGCAUCACACAGUGUGGACAUCGUGACUGGCGCAACAACAACUGCGGACACAGUGAGGAUGCGGGCGUCAUAUGUGGAGGAGCUGCGACCAAGUCUCCGAUACGUCUGGUAAACGGUGCCACCAGGUUUCAAGGAAGAGUUGAGAUUUUUCAUGCUGGUCGAUGGGGAUCAGUCUGUGAUGAUGAUUUCGAUGCAAAAGAGGCUCAGGUGGUCUGUCACAGCUUAGGCUUCCACAGUUCUCAGGCCAGAGCCUAUUCCAAUGCUCACUUUGGAUCGAGCACCGGUCCCAUAUGGCUGGAUGAUCUUGUGUGUGUGGGGGACGAACAGUACCUCGACCAGUGUUCAUUCCGCGGCUGGGGAAACAACAACUGUGCUCAUGGGGAGGACGUCGGCGUCAUCUGUCAAUUACCAACAGCGAACGUGCGAUUAGUGAAUGGAGGCGGUGUGCCAACACAAGGGCGAGUUGAGAUUCAGAUCAACGGGACUUGGGGAACAGUCUGUGAUGACCUGUUCGACAGCAGAGAGGCUGGGGUCAUCUGUGCAAUGAUGGGUUUCAGCCGAACUGGAGCCCAGGCUGUGUCGAGGGCUGGUUUUGGCCAAGGUUCUGGGCCGAUCUACCUUGAUGAUCUGGCUUGUACCGGGACUGAAGAAUCCAUCUUGCAAUGCUCGGGCAAGCCUCUCCGUCAGACCAAUUGUCACCACAACGAAGAUGCUGGGGUUCGCUGUCAAACAGCUAAUGUCCAAGUGAGACUGGUGCAUUCUCAAACUCCUAAUGCUGGGCGUGUUGAGGUUUACUACAACAAUACCUGGGGCACAGUCUGUGAUGACAUUUUUGACAACAAUGCUGCAAAAGUGGUGUGUAAAAUGCUUGGCCGUCCAUAUGCUGCCGCAGUAGCAGUUCCUCGAGCAAGGUAUGGUCAAGGAAGUGGUCGGAUCUGGCUGGACGAUGUUUCGUGUCGCGGGACUGAGGCCUCCAUCAUACAAUGUCAGCACAAUACCUGGGGACACACCAACUGUUUCCACCCUGAAGAUGUGGGUGUUAUUUGCACUGACAGGACUACACCAGGUCCUCCAAGGACAACACCUGUUCCUGCACCGACAAUGAACCCCGCUCAAGUGUUUGUUAGACUUUCUCAGGGUUUGACAGCAUACGAAGGCAGAGUUGAGGUUUACGCCAAUCACGUGUGGGGGACGGUUUGUGAUGACAGCUGGAACAACACUGAUGCCAGCGUCAUCUGCGGCAUGCUGGGAUACUCCAGGACUGGUGCCACUGCUACCACACAAGCGUCAUUCGGUCAAGGCACGGGAAAGAUCUGGCUGGAUGAUGUUCACUGUCGUGGGUCGGAGACCAACAUCGCUAAUUGUCCUAGCAACGUGUGGGGGGUAACCAACUGUGGACACAAUGAAGAUGCAGGAGUUAUGUGCCCCUCAACAACUACACCAAACAACUUCUUGCUGUUUACGGACACGAGGAAAAAACAAAUUUACCGAAUGGAUGUCUCCACGUUCAGUUACGUGCAGGUGCCUCUAACCAAUCACGACAAUCCCAUUGCUAUUGACUACGAUCCGGUCGACGCCAGAAUUUACUGGACGGAUGUCGGCCUAAGACGCAUUCGCAGCGCGUCACUGUCCGGAACUGAUGAGAAGACUGUCAGACAACUCAGUUCAGGUGCAGUUCCUGAUGGUAUUGCCAUUGAUUCCGUAUCUCGUCUGAUAUUCUACACAGACACAGGUAAUGACAUCAUAGCUGUGAUGUCUAUCGACGGAUUUGCCCACAAGAUCAUCAUCGAUCAUGGACUGGAUGAACCUAGAGCUAUUGUUACUGAUUUUAAUGACGGAAUCAUCUAUUGGACAGACUGGGGUCACAAUCCGAAAAUCUCAAGAGCUUUCUAUGAUGGCACCAACCAGCGAGCACUUAUUACAACAGGUCUUGGCUGGCCAAAUGGUUUGACUCUGGAUAUAGAAAAUGAGAAGAUAUACUGGUGUGAUGGAAAGACUAACAAAAUUGAGGUUGCCAAUAAUGAUGGAUCUCAAAGACGUGUAUUGGUACAGAGCAGAAACAGUCACUUCUUUGGCAUUGUUCGCUACAACAACAUUGUGUACUACACUGACUGGCAGAAAUCGACUCUAAUGAAGGUAAAUACUGACGGCUCUGGCAACACUCCCAUCGGACCUGUGGCUUUUGGACGCGUGAAUGAUAUCCACUUUCACAAAAAUGGCUAUGGACAAACAGGGAGUAACUCGUGCAGUGGUGGGAGGGGAGGCUGUAGUCACAUUUGUCUGCAGACGCCCGAUGACGGUUUCCAGUGUGCUUGUCCAGAUGGUCUUUCACUACAGCCAAAUGGCGUACAGUGCAGUGUUUCCAUUCCUUGUUCACCUCUUGCUCAAGUUACCCAUGGUACAAUUGUCCCUAGUAACUGUACUGCCGGCAAGUCGAACAACGGCGCUGUCUGUAACAUCACGUGUAACGCUGGGUUCCAGCUCACCGGAUCUACGUCCUUGACCUGCCUCGGCAACGGGCAGUGGAGUAACUAUGGCAGUCCCAUUAUCUGUAGGGACAACCAGGCUCCAACUCUGACCUGCCCACAGGAUAUCUCAGUGACCGCUCCUCGCGGUCAGUCUCUGGCCACCAUCACGUGGAAUAACCCUCAACCAGUGGACAACACUGGACAGAAGGUGACCAUCGUACAGAACAUGCGGUCGCCGGCGAACCUGGCGGAAGGACAGUAUGGUGUUACGAUCACUGCGACUGAUGUCUCCGGGUUGAUAACCACGUGUUCCUUUAAGAUUACAGUCAAAGUGCUGAAAUGUCCCAACUUUCAAGCUCCAGCUAAUGGGAUCAUUGCAUCUGGAAACUGCAAUAACUUCUUUGGCGCCACCUGUCGGAUCAUUUGUAACCAAGGCUACAGACUGUCCAAUCAACAGCCAAUCACAUGUGAAUUAAGUGGAACUGGGUUAGCUGCAUGGACAAACGUUAAUGUAGCAUGUCAAGCCAUCACCUGCCCGACACUGAAGACUCCACAGUAUGGACAAACCGCCGGCUGUAAACCUCCCUACACGUUUGGGACGGUGUGUCAGCAGUCGUGUGUAGACUCGUCAUACCAGGUGGUCGGCGGGACGUUGGUGCGGCGAUGCACCGAGGCGGGCACGUGGUCUGGGGAACAGAUCACGUGCAUCAAUCUACGAACUGGCCAAAUAGGAGACAGUGGGGGCUCGAUGGCACGGACUGGUGCUCAGCCAGCCCACACUGACAGCAUCGUGGCUGGGGUUGUAGUUGGCGCAAUCAUCAUAGCAUUGAUAGUUGUUGGAGGCUUCUUGUUGUACAGGAAAUUAUAUCCUAUACAGAGACUUGGAGGCAUUGAGAUGGAAUCCACCAGCCGAGGAUUGGAUAACCCAACCUAUGGCAUGUCAGCCAUGUCUCAUCACAGCAAUGACUCUAAUAUAUGA